AGGUUUGACACCCGACCAGAACCGAGUGGUUGUAAGACCACCGAGCAGGUCAAAAAGGAACUCGGGUUUGCCACAAAAGACGAUCUCCUGCUGUACAUCUGCCAACAGAUAGGGGAUAACAUGGUUAUUCCUCAGAACAUGGAUGUCCUUGAAUACCUUAGGGGUGCGGCUGAUGGUGACAUCCAUGAGCCUCCAGAUGAGCCAACUUUCGAGACCACUAUCCGGUACUUUGUCGCCAACUGGGUCAGAUAUAUCACUGAUUCCGUCAAGAAACAACUUCUGGGUUCUGAUCCAGAACGCAAAGUUCACUACUGGACAAUGAUAGCCAAAGCUUUGGAGGAAACAUCGUGGUCGGUGAUGGUUAAACUAUCACACGCCCUCGAAGAUAUAGGGGGGGAUACUGGAAACAUUCGAGCCUGA